AGCCAAAACAACCAUCCUCUCCGCCGCGGUACUCUGCUUUUCCGUCACUCGUUCUUCUACACCAACAACUAUUCUAUAUUUGUUCUUUCCGCCCCCCACCCUUUUUUAAAUCUUCACCCCACAAGCUCAAAGCUCUUGAUUAUAUAUAUAUAUAUUCUUUUAUCAACGAAUUUUUGGUGGUCUGCUCGCUCAGCUGUGUGUAAUCGAUGCGGUUUCUUGUUGAAAUCGNUAAUAUACGGAGUCAGUCAGUCAGUCAGGCAGGCAGCCAAAACAACCAUCCUCUCCGCCGCGGUACUCUGCUUUUCCGUCACUCGUUCUUCUACACCAACAACUAUUCUAUAUUUGUUCUUUCCGCCCCCCACCCUUUUUUAAAUCUUCACCCCACAAGCUCAAAGCUCUUGAUUAUAUAUAUAUAUAUUCUUUUAUCAACGAAUUUUUGGUGGUCUGCUCGCUCAGCUGUGUGUAAUCGAUGCGGUUUCUUGUUGAAAUCGAACAGAUUUGGGGGUUCCCACUACUAAUGAAUUAGGAAGAUGCCGUGUCCGUGGAUCUUGAUGUGAUUCAUGAAUCUAUUUCCGUAGUUGGUUAAAACUCACUUCUUCUGGGACGAACUGAUGCUGAUUAGCUUCAUUUGUAUGUUUCCCCUCUUUUGGAUGAGAUUCGGGAAAUUCCUGCUCUGAUCUGGGACUGCCACAAGAUUUGAUCUUUCUUUCUUUCUUUGCACUUGCUACUUCUGGGUGUGGCAAUCCCAUUAAUGGAGGCCAGAAUUGGAGGUCAAGCUCAAGUGCUUUACGAUUUAGGUGCAACGGAUUUGAGUUUGAGGGCUGUGGGGAAAAGGAGUCUGGAUUGGGAUCCCGGUGAUUGGAGAUGGGACGGUCAUUUCUUCGUCGCCACGCAUCUCAAUCCCAAUCCAUCAAGUUACCAGGGCAGACAGUUCUUCCCCCUCCAAACUGGACUCUCCACAUCCAACAGCUCAUCCUCUUGCUCUGAGGGAGUAACUAUUGGACCUGACAAAGAGAGAAGGGGACUGGAAAAACGGCAGAGGGUUCUGGCGUUCGAGGAGGAAGAUACCUUUGAAGGGGAGACUGGUAAUAACCUCACCUUGAGGCUGGGAGAAGGUGGAUCUCCUGGUGAUGAGAGGGAACUGCAGAUAUUGGAUGGAACAGUUGGGAAAAACACCAGGCUGUCCGGAUCAACUUCUAGUCGAGCCGUUUGUCAGGUUAAUGAUUGUGUGGCAGAUCUCAGCAAGGCCAAAGACUACCACCGGAGGCACAAGGUUUGUGAGAUUCAUUCCAAGUCAACCAAGGCACUUGUUGGCAACAUUAUGCAGCGUUUCUGUCAGCAGUGCAGCAGGUUUCAUGCACUUGAGGAGUUUGAUGAUGGAAAGCGUAGUUGCCGUAGGCGUUUAGCUGGUCAUAAUAAAAGGAGAAGGAAAACGCAACCUGAUACAGCUCCCACUAACAAUGCGAUGAAUGAUAGCCAAGCUAGUGGUUAUCUACUAAUGAGCUUACUAAAGAUACUUGCCCAAAUGCACUCAAACAGAGGGAGCUCUACGGAGGAUCAGAAUUUGCUUUCUCACCUUCUAAAGAACCUUGCUAGCCAGGGUUCCUUGACUGCAGACAAAAGUAUAUCCGGGAUUCUGCAUGAUUCUUCGAAUUUGUUGAGCAAUGGGCCAGCUUUUAGAGAUUCUGAAUUAAUAUCAGCUUUGACCUCAACUGAGUCUCCGGCCCCUUCAAGACCAAAAGAGCAACCUUGCACGGCUUCCGUGCCCAAGCUGCCAAAUAAAGUAGUCAACGUAUUUCAUAAUGAAAGCAGUUCUUUGGCUAAUGCACCGGGUCAGGAAAGUUCUGCUGGGAGGAGUAAACUGGCUGGUUUUGAUUUGAAUGACAUUUAUGUUGAUUCGGAUGAUGGCGUAGAAGGUGUAGAGAGGUUGCCUGUCCCUGCUGAUAUGGUUUCUGGCUCACCAGAAUUUCCGUCAUGGGUACAAAAAGACUCUCAGCAGUCAAGUCCACCUCAAGUAAGUGGGCAUUCAGAUUCAGGUUCUGCGCAAUCACCAUCAAGUUCCAAUGGAGAUCCUCAGAGCCGCACAGAUCGUAUUGUUUUUAAACUCUUCGGGAAAGAUCCAAGUGAUUUCCCAUUCCUGUUACGUGCACAGAUUCUGGAUUGGCUAUCUCAUAGUCCAACAGACAUUGAAAGCUAUAUCAGGCCUGGUUGUGUGGUAUUAACAGUUUAUCUUCGUCUUCCUGAAUCAUCUUGGGAGGAGCUUUGCUGCGGGUUGAAUUCCAGCUUGAGUAGACUUCUAGAUGCUUCUGAUGAUUGCAAGUUCUGGAGAAAUGGAUGGACUUACGUUAGGGUGCAGAACCAAAUAGCAUUCAUAUGCAGUGGUCAGGUUCUUGUUGAAAAAUCCUUACAUUUCAAAAGUAACGAGUCAAGUACAAUUCUGAGUGUCAAGCCUAUUGCUAUGUCUGUGUCUGGGAGGUCUCAAAUUACAGUUAAAGGCUUUAACUUAUCUACACCCUCAACAAGGCUGCUCUGUGCAAUAGAAGGCAACUAUCUUGUUCCAGAAGCUAGUACAGAGGCAUCAGAACAUCAUAAUGACCUCGAGGACGAGUAUCAUGAGAUCCAAUCUGUAAAUUUUACAUGUUUGUUUCCUGCGGCAGCUGGAAGAGGCUUCAUAGAGGUUGAAGAUUGUGGUCUUAGUAGCAGCUUCUUUCCUUUUAUAGUUGCUGAGCUGGAUGUUUGCACAGAAAUUUGUACGCUCGAGACUGAGAUAGAGUUGAAUCAAGAAGAUUAUGUGGAUGGGCAGGCUGAUAAAAUGGAAGUAAGAAAUCAAGCCAUGGAUUUCUUGCAUGAAAUGGGAUGGCUUCUUCACAGAAACAAUUUAAAAUCUCGAUUGGAGGGAAUGGAGAAUCCUAACACUACUUGCUUUUCAUUACAUCGGUUUGCAUGGCUUAUGGAUUUCUCUGUUGACCAUAAUUGGUGUGCUGUUGUGAAGAAACUUUUGGAUAUUCUUUUUAAUGGAAUUGUGGGCAGUGGAGAGCAGCCAUCCUUGAAGCACGCAUUCUCUGAAAUGAGUCUCCUUCACAAAGCUGUUAGGAGAAAUUCAAGGUCUUUGGUGGAGCUGUUAUUAAGAUACACUCCCGACAGAGUGGCUGAUUUUCUAAGCUGUGAAUAUAGGGAUCUGGCUGGACAUGACAGUGGAUUUUUGUUCAGACCUAACGUAGUUGGUCCUUCAGGCUUGACCCCGCUGCAUGUGGCGGCUGGUAUAGAUGGAUCUGAAGAUGUGAUUGAUGCAUUGACCGGUGAUCCUGGAAAGGUGGGAAUGGAUGCAUGGAAGAACGCCCGUGAUAAUGCUGGGUUUACACCCGAAGAUUAUGCGCGUCUGCGAGGGCAUUACUCUUACAUUCAUCUGGUCCAGCGGAAACUGCUCAACAGGAAAGCCUCUGCCCCCAGCCAUGUGGCAGUUGAUAUUCCCAGUGCUCUUACCCCCAAAGAUAAAUAUAACCUGAAGCAAACCGAUGGUUCCAGCACAACUUUUGAGAUUUCAAGGACCGAUAUGAAACCCAUUCAGCGGGGCCCAUGCCGGGUGUGUGAUCAGAAGAAGACAAGUUAUCGAACGGGCGGGCCAUCCCUACUCUAUAGGCCCGCAAUGCUUUCCAUGGUUGUAAUAGCUGCAGUAUGUGUUUGUGUUGCUCUUCUAUUCAAGAGCACACCCUAUAUUAAGAAGUUUGACUUGUUUCAACCCUUGAGGUGGGAUUCAUUGGACUAUGGCUCUAUAUAGUCUGGGGUUAGUGCUCUGAAAAAACAUGUGUGAGCCCUCCUCGCUCGCUCCUUUGUUGUUUGUAUCUGUAUGCGUGAAUAAAACUGUAUAACUGAGGUGUCCUUAGGAAAUCCCCAUUCUAAAAUUCUGCUCCUAUAUAUAAUUUAUGUGUAUGUAAUACUUGUAUCUUUAUUAUACGACGAAGUCGCUUCAUUUUUUCCCGCUUUCUAGCUAGCUAGUUCAAGAAAUGUAUUUGUGUAGGCCUAUGUCUGUCCCCUUUCAAUUUGACUCCCUAUUUGAAUAUAUUGCCCCUAGAGUU